UGUGCAUGGUGAGUGAGGAAGCCCGUGACUCCGAGUGCACACAUGAGCCUGCCUGGGGAAGGCAUGAGGAUUGCAGACUCUGUGGGCAUCUGCGGUGUUUAAGAUACUGCUCCAGGGCACUGGGAAGAGCCCGAAGAAGCUGGAAAGUCUGAUUCAGAACUCCAGGGGCCUAGGAACGCCUCUCUCCAGGCCCAGGUGGUGCUCUCCUUUCAGGCCUACCCCAUUGCUCGCUGUGCCCUGCUGGAGGUCCAGGUGCCUGCUGACCUGGUGCAGCCUGGUCAGUCCGUGGUAUGUGAAGUGCUCCUCCUGACGAGAAGAGCCACCUCCAGAAUCCCAGAUUCCCAAAGCCACCCGGUGCAUUGAUUCUUUAAGUCUUGGGUCUGAUCAGAGCAGUGAGCCCUCUCGGCUUCUUGUGGUGGGUUUUUUCUGUCUGUAAAAUGAGGGUAAGGACACUCCUGACUCACGUGUGACUUGGUGAGAAGUCACUAAGCAGUUUUCUGGGGCAAUUUUAUUUCAUACUCUUGCUUUGGCAUUUAAAAUUUUAAAUUUUAGCCGUUCUGCUAUCCAUGUCAUGUUUUAUAACUGGGGAUUUGUGUGUGCAUACAUAUGGCGGUGGUGGUAUUUAUAUUUCUAAAUUAUAUUUAUUUAUUUUGUGUGCAUGUGCGUGUGUGUGUCUGUGUGUCUGUGUGUGCCCUCGCACGCGCACGCGUGUUCAUGAAUGCACGCAGGGCUUCAUGUGGAAGGCAGAGGACAAGUUAAAGAGUCAGUUUUCUCCUUUUUUUUUUUUUUUUUUGGUUCUUUUUUUCGGAGCUGGGGACCGAACCCAGGGCCUUGAGCUUCCUAGGCAAGCGCUCUACCACUGAGCUAAAUCCCCAACCCCAGUUUUCUCCUUUUUACUAUAAGGGUCCUGGUGAUUGAACUCAGGCUGUCAGGCUUGGUGGUAAGCACUUUGCCUACUGAACAUCUCGGCAGCUCAGGACUAGUGUUCGUGUUGGUGGUUUGCCUGUAUGAGUGUCGGGGAGGGACAGGUUGGGGUUGGAACCAAAGGUUUUGUAUAUGCUAAGCCACAAGUUCACUGCUGAGCUAAUUGUUUUUAUUAGGCAGAAUCUUGCUGGGUAUUCUGGGUAAUCUUGCUAGGUGGUCCCACCUCACCCUCCCCUCCUGAAUGCUAACACUGCAGGCUUAUGGUACUCACUAUAUUUGGUGUUUCUUACAGCUUUGAUUUGUAUACCCCUGGUGACAGACAGACACUUUUUACAUGCUGUCUUAGUUAGGGUUUUAGUGCUGUGACCAGACACCAUGACCAAGGCAGGUCUUAUAAGGACCACAUUUAAUUGGGGCUGGCUUACAGGUUCAGAGGGUCAGUCCAGUAUCGUCAAGGCAGGAACCUGGCAGCAUCCAGGCAGGCACGGUGCAGGAGAAGCUGAGAGUUCUAUAUCUUCUGAAGGCUGCUAUGAGAAAACUCACGUCCUGGCAGCUAGGUCAAGGGUAGUAAGGCCCACACCUACAAUGACACACCUACUCCAACAAGGCCACACCUAUUCCAACAGGGCCACUCCCUCUAAUAGUGCCACUCUGUGGGCAGGGCAUGUACAAACCAUCACACAUGCUUAUAUGCUUAUUAGCGAUUUAUAACUUCCUUCAUGAAACAUCCUGUGAAACUUUUGCUGACUAUAAAAUAAGAACAAAGAUCUGGGAGUGUAGCUCAGUGGUAGAGUUCUUGCCUAACAUGCUCAAGGCCUUGGGUUUGAUUCUCAGCCAAAAAAACAGCACUUCGCGCGCGCGCGCGCGCGCGCGCACACACACACACACACACACACACACACACACACACACACACACACAUACACACGCACACACACGCACACACAUGCACACAAUUCUUUUUAUUUUUAUUUUUAUUUUUUUUUUUUUGGUUCUUUUUUUCGGAGCUGGGGACCAAACCCAGGGCCUUGUGCUUCCUAGGUAAGCGCUCUACCACUGAGCUAAAUCCCCAGCCCCCACAAUUCUUUUUGAUGUGAAAGGCCGGACACCUUUUUUUUUUUUCUUUUUUUUUUUUCGGAGCUGGGGACCGAACCCAGGGCCUUGCGCUUGCUAGGUAAGCGCUCUACCACUGAGCUAAAUCCCCAACCCCCCCACAAUUCUUUUUAAUCUGCCUAGUUUACUUCACAAAGCAGCCAUGAAGACCACUGAACUGUGCCUGUGGGGAUGCUCCAUGCUUGCCUUGGAGUAUCUGAUCAGCUUCCCUCUGGUCAAGUGGUCUGUGACAGCAGGUGUAGGCAGCAACUCAGACAGCCUGGUUAAUCCCAGGCCUGCCAAGACAGCUAUAGGUGAUACUCGCUUUAGAACUGGGGACUUGUUCAAAGGAAGGAAACUAUAGCGAUAGAUUUCAAGCUAGACAGCCUAAAUGCGGUCAUUGGCUGGACAUGGGACCAGUAGGUAGGCAGUGUUCUACUCACAUGAGCCUAAGAGCUUGGCCUGGAUUCUGAGCCCUCCACCUCCAGCCAUCCGCCACCCUCUCCUCAUAGGGUUCUGCAGUAUUUGACUGUUUUGAGGCUGGUCUUGGGGCUGAGGUACGAAUCUGGUCCUACACCAAACCCAGGUACCAGAAAGAACUCAACGUCACGCAGCAGUUGCCUGACUGCAGGGGUCUCGAAGUCCAGGACAGCAUCCAGAGCUGCUGGGCCCUACCCUGGCUCAAUGUGUCUACAGAUGGUGACAAUGUUCUUCUGAUACUGGACGUCUCUAAGGAGCAGAAAUUUGGCUUCUUACUAUACUGGGAUCAGGCCCAGGGUCCUCUCAAAUCCUUGUUGUACAAAAACCUGACUGGACCUCAGAACAUUACUUUAAACCACACUGACCUGGUUCCCUGCCUCUGCAUUCAGUUAUGGUCUCAGGAGCCAGACUCUGUUAGGACCAGCUUCUGCCCCUUCAAGAAAGAUCCCCGUGCACACAGGAACCUUUGGCACAUGGCCAGGCUGCGGGUGCAGUCCUCAGGGAGCUGGCUGCUAGACACGCCUUGCUCUCUACGGACCGAGGUGGCACUGUGCUGGCAGGCACCAGACCAGAGUCCCUGCCAGCCCCUUGUGCCACCAAUGCCCCAGAAGAAUGUCACUAUGAAUAGGCCAUUUGAGUUCCCAUUGGUGAAAGAACACCCCAACCUCUGUGUCCAGGUGAGCAGCUGGGAGAAGGUUGAGCUCCAAGAGUGCUUGUGGGCUGACUCCUUAGGGCCCUUCAAGGAUGAUAUGCUGUUAGUGGAGAUGAAAACUGACCUAAACGACACAUCAGUCUGUGCCUUGGAACCCAGUGGCUGUACACCACUGCCUAGUGUUGCCUCCACGAGAGCUGCUCGCCUUGGAGAGCAGUUGCUUCUAGACUUCAGGACACACCAGUGCAUGCAGCUGUGGAAUGAUGAUGACCUGGGAUCACUGUGGGCCUGCCCCAUGGACAAGUACAUCCACAAGCGCUGGGUCCUAGUGUGGCUGGCCUGCCUACUCUUGGCUGCGGCGCUUUUCUUCUUCCUCCUUUUAAAAAAGGACCGCAGGAAAGCGGCCCCUCGUGCCCGCCCGGCCCUGCUUCUCCACUCGGCCGAUGGAGCAUACUACGAGCGUCUGGUGGGCGCUCUGGCGUCCGCGUUGAGCCAGAUGCCACUGCGCGUUGCCGUGGACCUGUGGAGCCGCCGCGAGCUGACCGCGCACGGAGCCCUGGCCUGGUUCCACCAGCAACGGCGCCGGACCCUGCAGGAGGAUGGCGUGGUCAUACUUCUCUUCUCACCCGCGGCCGUGGCGCAGUGUCAGCAGUGGCUGCAGCUCCAGACGGUGGAGCCCGGGCCGCAUGACGCUCUGGCCGCCUGGCUCAGCUGCGUGCUGCCCGAUUUCCUGCAAGGCCAGGCGACCGGCCGCUACGUCGGGGUCUACUUUGACGGGCUGCUGCACCCAGACACUGUACCCGCCCUGUUCCGCGUCGCGCCGCUCUUCUCCCUGCCCUCGCAGCUGCCGGCCUUCCUGGAUGCACUGCAGGGAAGCAGCUCCCAGUCCCCCGGGCGACCUGCGGACAGGGCGGAACGAGUGGCCCAGGCGCUGCUGUCCGCCCUAGACAGCUGUACUUAGAGCUCGGAAGCCCCAGGCUGCCGCGAGGAAUGGGACCUGGGACCCUGCCCUGCACUCGAAUAAAGGCCGAUGCAGUAUUCCUAA